UGGCAUCAAGUUCUUGAAAAUUUGGCUUACAUACAUAUAAUAGCCUUCUUAUUCUGAUCAACUAUAUAAAUGCGCAUGAUUAACAAGUUAUUCUAAGUCUAUGAUAUGGAUAACAUCGUUUUAAAUCAUAGAUCCAUUGAACAGAAGAAUCUUGUUUGACUUUACAUUAUGAUGUUGCAACAUGAGUAUGAGGGUCCAGCUAAUAUGGACAGCCCUAGGUUUUGCCUUUCCCUCUAUCUUCUCAAUCUUCUUGCCAUCAUCCAUUGCUAUAUACAGGAGUUGAAUUGUCUCAGUUUGCUGCUCUUCUCCUGGUUGAUGCUGAUUGUUACUGAGCAUCUAUGAUUCUAAUUAUUGGAGUUCCCACCAAGAUUUGCAUGCAACUUAGAAUUCUGAACAGGGUGACCAAACUUCCCUGAGAGAGAUGAAUGACUUGUUAGGUGUAUGCUAAUCAAACUAAAAGUUUAUGUUCUUUAUAUAUGGUUUCACAAGAUGAAUUGUAUGAUCGAUCCAGUUCUUCUGUUUAUGACUGUGUUCAUAUCAUUUGCUCAGCAGGAUGCAGGGAUAUUUUCCCUUCACCUGGUGACUGCAGUACCAGUAAUUGCUCAUCUUCUGCAUUUCUCCCUACUAAUAAAUGAUAUGUUCAUUUAUUUCUUUGAUGUUAUGAGCAUAUUACCUACCGGAGGAGAGGUUUCUUUGGGUAUUCUACCUUCUAAUGCUAGUUUCUGUUCUAAAACACAAAAGAAAGAACAGGAUUUCACUCUGUUUUGUAUGCAAUGUCUUGCAUGGUUUAUUUUCUUGUUCGAUUAGUCUUUGAUCAGAUCAUCAACAAUGGUCAAUGUGUUUACCAAUGCAACAUGAACAUGAAAUCCUCUGUUCAUAAUUCUCUCCUUUCUUUAAGUGCAGCAACCCACAGGUUAGAUGAAGAGCCUUUGAAAUUGUUGCGUUCUUUAUCUACUUGCGUUCUUUAUUAUAUUCGAUUCGUCAUAGUGUAUGAAGAUUACGGUUGAAAUUUCUUCUCUGUCAACAUUAAUGGCACUCAACAGCUUGACAACCACAGAGAACAUGUCGAACACUUUCCACUGUCGUGCUCCCGACAUUCCUGCGGUGGUCAACGCUUGCAUGCAUCUUUAAGAACGUGAAACGAUCUCUUCUUCCCGUCCAACACUUACAUGCUUGUCUAAGUUCUUUGAACACACACCAUGCCGGCGUACAGAGAAGAGGCGAUCGGAGACUCCGACGACGAGAAUUAUGCUUCCACCAACAACUCUGAUUCACCGGUGGAGAAGGAGAAACAGAUAACUGUGGAUCCUCUGUCGCUGAAGCAGCUCGCAGAUGUGCGAGGCAAUCGUAUAUCCGACGGAGGUUCCGCCGCUAGUGAGGUGAAGUUUCUGCCUCCGCCGGUGCUCGUUCGGCCCAAGUUGGUCAGCUGCAGCCUCCCGAGUUCUGCCCUCUCCUCGCCAAAGAAGUGGAACUACCUCGACGACCAGGAACCUCCAGUGCCGGCCCGCUUCGCCUGGGCCGACCAAAAGGCCUCCCUCCGCCGGAGCAAGUCCUGCGGCGAAGGAAGAUCUUCUUCGCCGUCCGUCGAGUUCAUCGACAUCCUGUCAAGAAGACCAAGCAUUCAUCAACCUGAUGACGGAGUUCAUGUCGUCGACCACGACACAAGCGACGAUGACAGCAAGGAGGAGACUCCCCAACCAGUCCAUGCUCAACUAGAGGACGACCAAUUCAAGUGCUGGUGCUUGUUCUUGCCUGGCCUCUCCCACAGGAAGAAACAAGUAAUCCUGCAGCAAGCAAGCCAAGCGCAAUCGGGACACCUGCAGCUUCGCAAAGUCGUACCGCAGGGCUUCCAAGAUGCACGAGAGUCGGCAGCCAAGGGCAGGAUAAGCACGGUCUCGAAGGCGGCCUCCCUCGAGAAGUUCUCAUGCGGCUCGUGGUCUUCGUCUGCGCUGCUAGGAAUCGACGGAGACGACGACGGCGGACACUCCUACUUCGACCUGCCAUUGGAGCUGAUCAAAAGCUGCCACGACGACGCCGACUCGCCGGUGAGGACAGCCUUCGUGUUCGACAAGGACUUGAAGGGGGUGCUGAAGAAGAGCACGUCGAAUCUGGCAUCGAGGAAGUCGCACGCUUCGUCGUCGAACCGCCACGUCCGGUUCUCCACCUCAGCACCGACGUCGUAUCCGGCAUCACCAUCCUCCACCUGCAUCACGCCCAGACUGCGGAGAGCGAGAGAGGAGUUCAACGCGUUGUUGGCAGCACAGAACGCUGCGUAGCGUCGCAUGAGAAUUGCAUGAUGUGCAUGCCACUUACGGCCUACGUAUUUUGUGUCUGUAAUUUGAGACCUCUCUGUGAAGAACUCCACCGGUCGAUUUAGAUCGGUUCAUGUCAUCUGUAACCUCACAAGAUGGUAUUAUUGUAUCUUUAUUUUUUUUUGCAUGAAUUUUUCUUCUAAAUUUAA